UCAGUCGUCAACUUGAUUGAAACUAUGAACGUGAAAUUUUAAAACUUUGAAUCAAUCGAAACCAGGAACAUUGGGCAUUUUGUUAGAUCUUACAUUCUAUGAGAGAAGUUAAAAGAUGGGCAAUGCAUUCGGCGUCAUAAAUUUAAGAAAGAUGAAGAUGAACGAUUCAAGCAAACCUAGCACUCCGAAGCGAAAAAUCAAGAAAGCUAAAUACGGUCAAAAAAUACCUUGGAGAUUUCCUUCAGCUCUACCACCAAAUUUACCUCCUAUUUUACUUGAAAAUAUCCUUAUGAAAGAUACAGCUCCAUCGUGCGAACCAACUCUUUUACAUGAACCAAAUAACGGAAUGAUAAAUCAUCUUUAUAAAACUGAAGAAAUUGAUGGAGUCAUAAUGAUUGCUAAGACGCAUCGUUUUCGUAAAAAAUGUGUUACAACCAUACUCUGCAAAUCUGCUCCAAAGAAAACUACACGAAAUCGUAACUACUUUUGACGAAAAUUGUAAAAUUAUGACAAUACAAUGAAAAAAUAUUAAUAUAUUGUAAUAAUAACAA